AUGCAGCAAGAGACGAUAAGUGAUCCUUAUGGAGAGAUUGAGAUAAGCUUUGGUUAUCAAUGCAAUAACAAUAAGAGUAAGAUAGGAAUCCCUGAAGAUACUAUUACUGAUGGGCGUGAGGUUCUUGCUGGGUUUAGGCUUCAAAAGACAAGCAGUUUCUCUUGUUUAUCAGGAGCUGCUUUAAGCGGGAACCCAACAUUAGCCAACACGAAUAUCUGCAACGGAGUGAUUGGCUCCGAGAUUCUGCCAUCUCUAGAUUCUCCCAGAUCCUUCAGGAAAGUUCCAUCUUCCCCUGCGCUUUCAAAGCUCGACAUACUCUCUCCUUCUCUCCAUGGCAGCAUGGCGAGUCUCAGCUGCAGCUCGUCUACUAGCCCGAGUCCUCCUGAGCCAGAAUCUUGUUUCUUGACGUCGAUGAGCUCUCCUUCUUCUGUGAACGAAGGGUUUCUCCUCUCUGCCAUGGAAGUUCAAGUUGCUGGAGGUGCAGCAGGUGAAGAUAGGGUUCAGGCCGUUUGCUCUGAGGAGAACGGUUGGCUCUUUUGCGCCAUCUAUGAUGGAUUCAAUGGAAGAGAUGCUGCUGAUUUCUUGGCAUGUACUUUGUAUGAGUCCAUUGUGUUCCAUCUCCAGUUGCUUGAUCACCAGAUGAAGCAAAGCCUUACAAUGACGCAGCAAGAUGAUGUUGAUGAUGCCGUAAAAUCAUCGGGGUUGUUAUCUAACAUAAGUAAAAUAAAUUCUUCUUCAUCUGAUUUGUUCAGACAAGGAGUGCUAGAUUGCUUAAACCGUGCGCUUUUUCAGGCGGAAAAUGAUUUCUUGAGGAUGGUUGAGCAAGAAAUGGAAGAAAGACCGGAUCUAGUGUCCGUUGGGUCUUGCGUUCUGGUCACUCUCCUUGUCGGGAAGGAUCUGUAUAUCCUGAAUCUAGGUGAUAGCAGAGCUGUUCUAGCGACCUACAAUGGUAACAGGAAGCUUCAAGCUGUUCAGCUCACAGAGGAUCACACUGUUGACAACGAAAUCGAAGAAGCUAGGCUCUUGAGUGAACAUCUUGAUGAUCCCAAAAUCGUUAUUGGUGGAAAAAUCAAAGGAAAGCUUAAAGUUACUCGUGCUCUAGGAGUUGGUUACUUGAAAAAGGAGAAACUGAACGAUGCACUCAUGGGAAUUCUCCGUGUUCGUAACCUUUUGAGCCCACCUUACGUCUCAGUUGAACCAUCGAUGAGAGUUCACAAGAUAACGGAGUCUGAUCACUUUGUUAUAGUCGCAAGCGAUGGUUUAUUCGAUUUCUUCAGCAACGAGGAAGCGAUUGAGCUCGUCCAUUCCUUCAUUUUUAGUAACCCUUGUGGUGAUCCAGCAAAGUUUCUACUUGAACGUCUUGUAGCUAAAGCUGCUGCUCGUGUUGGCUUCACGUUGGAAGAAUUGAUGAAUGUUCCGGCUGGUCGGAGACGGAGAUAUCAUGACGAUGUGACUGUAAUGGUAAUCACUCUCGGUACUCAUCAACGCACCUCAAAGGCUUCUACGUUUGUGUGAUUUGAUGAUUGAUUCCGAUUAAUGAUGAUGACGACAAAUCUUGGAGUGGUGAAAUUGUAAAUAGUCUGUUAAUCGUAUUUAGACUUUUGAAACUGAUCUUGAAUUUUCAACACUUGCUUUUGGGUAUUUUUUUUCCAUUGUAUAGUAUAUAUAUAUUAAUUGUAGUGGUCGUAGUUUGGGGGUUUUUGGCUAUCUAUUAUUUUGUUGUUUGUUUUCUUCUUGGGGUUUUAAAUGGGUAGAAUGUGUCAGUCUGUCGAAGUUAGUUGUUGCUCUGUUUUUUGGCCAUUUGGGUUUAGUCGGUUUGGUUUAUUACUACUGGUUUGUAGCAUAGACUGAACCGGUUGUGUUAAUUGGCUGGGCGACUAGUGAAUAAAUGUUGAAUUGAGAGCUCAA